AUGUAUACGACAACAACAACGACAGCUAUUGGAUGUCCCAAGGAAAACAUCCGUUUGUCGCGUCUUUUACGACAAACAGACAAAAGACUACAAAUGGGUAGAGCAUUGGAUUAUGGAUAUUUAUCAACGGCGACGGGAAUUUUAAACAUAGCUGAAAUCGUUUCAUUAAUUGCGGCUCUCAUUAGUGUUGCAUUUACGUCUCGAUUAUAUUGUGAAUUAGCCGAUAAUUUACAAUCAGUCUACCCUGACUUAAGCACAGUAGCGGUCCGAGCUGUAUUUCAAGCAUUUGGUGUUCUUUGCUUAACGAUCACCGUCAUCAUUUUGCUUGCCCAUCUCUAUGGCAUACGUUACUUAGGAAAAAAUUUCGUUUAUUUGAAUCAAGCUUGUAUAGUCGCUAAUGUUAUUAUGGGAUUGAUGAUGAUAUCAAUUGGAAUAUGUGCUAUACUAUGGGAAGAUAAACUACGCCGAACACCAGGAAUCGUUAAACGUGGUUAUCUGUCGUAUGAAUCUCAAAAUAUUUUCAACGAGCAAACCUAUCCAAGUCCAGGAGCAGCUGCAGCUGCCGCUACAUUUGCAUUGAUUGCUGGUGUACUUUUUAUUAUUGAAGCUUGUACCCGACCGAUGUUAGGCGCAGGUGCAUCACGUUUACCACCAUAUACAUCAGAUCGACCGAGUUAUACUGUAUCAACAAGUAAUCAACGCUCGUUUAUCAACGAUAGUUCACCUGGUGAACGCAUAAUUCCGAUUGAAACAACGAUUUUGCCGUACCGAGUUUAG